AUGCAAGAAACGGAAGUAAACACUACAAGGAGAUGGGGCACGGGCCGGAAGAAGGUGGAGAUGAAGAAAAUAGAGAGCAAAAGCAGCUUAAUAGUGACUUUUUGCAAGAGACGCAAUGGUCUUUUCAAGAAAGCUAGUGAAUUUUCCAAUUUAUAUGAUGAUGCCAAUCUUGCUAUAAUCGUUUUGUCCCCUAACCAAAGACCAUACUCUUUUGGUCAUCCUGAUGUGAAUACCGUCGUUGAUCAAUACCUUGGUGAUCAAGAAAGCAGUGAAAGAAACAACAUGGAUUGUGGCAACAUUAAUGAAGAAGGAGAAGCGUGUUGGUGGGAGAGGUCGGUUGAAGAUAUGGAUUUCAAGGAACUUGAAAAGUUUAAGGCAUCUUUGGAAACAUUGAAGAAUAAUGUGGCAAUGAAAGUCCAAGAAAAGAGGAGAACAAGAGUUAGUACCAGGGAUUUCAUGGGUGGUUUUUCAUAG